AGAGACGGCCGGCACGCCCCGGGAUCCCUUACUGCAAGCCCAGCCGGGGGGAGAAGGCAACAAGCGGCUGCCGCAAGCGGUGAUCAUCGGCGUGAAGAAGGGCGGCACCCGAGCGCUGCUCGAGUUUCUGCGGGUGCAUCCGGAUGUGAGGGCGGCGGGCGCCGAGCCGCACUUCUUCGAUCGCAACUACGGACGGGGACUCGCCUGGUACCGGGAAUUGAUGCCAAGGACUCUUGAUGGCCAGAUCACCAUGGAGAAGACGCCUAGCUACUUUGUCACUAAGGAAGCACCAGCUCGCAUCUCCUCUAUGUCGAAGGACACCAAGCUCAUUGUGGUGGUGAGAGACCCGGUCACCCGAGCCAUUUCUGACUACACACAAACCCUUUCCAAGAAGCCAGACAUCCCAUCCUUUGAGAGCCUGACCUUCAAAAAUAGGACUACGGGCCUGAUUGAUACCUCCUGGAGUGCCAUCCAGAUUGGCAUUUAUGCCAAGCAUCUAGAGAAUUGGCUCCUGUACUUCCCGCUUGGGCAAAUCCUUUUUGUCAGUGGGGAGAGACUGAUCAGUGAUCCAGCAGGCGAAUUGGGCCGCGUCCAGGACUUUCUGGGCCUCAAGAGGAUCAUCACAGAUAAACAUUUCUACUUCAACAAAACCAAGGGGUUCCCAUGCCUGAAAAAGGCUGAAGGCAGCAGCAAACCCCACUGUCUGGGCAAGACGAAAGGACGGACCCACCCCGACAUUGACCAGAAAGUAAUACAAAGGUUGCGAGAAUUCUAUCGGCCAUUCAACAUGAAGUUCUACCAGAUGACUGGCCAUGACUUUGGCUGGGAUUAAGGCUGGAAAAAUAGUAAUUUAAUCAUAUUAAAAGGAAAAAAAUAUAUUUUUGUACAUAUCAAUAGAGAUGGAAAUCUAAUAUUUGUGCUAAAGUCUAGUGAUUCCAAUUAAUAUUUUUGUUUUAAUGCAAACAUAUAUUUACUUGCUUUGUUAUUCAAGAUUUAUGAUAUCCAGUUCCACAAAUCCAGAAGACUGCCACUUAACUUAUGGAUAGGACUAUUGACUAUGAGACCUCACAGAGACAGAGACGCUUAUUUUCAAUAUGUUAUUUUUGAAGUUUUUAUAUAAUAAUUUGGUGCCUCAGUCUGUGGAUUCUAGUAUCAGUGCCCAGAUGUUUUGUUUUUUUUAAAGCAACUUUAGUUGGUCAUGUUGGUAACCAAAUAAUCAGGAUUGAAAGACAUUUUUCCAAUUUGAGCUAUUCUACUUGGUCAAUUCAUAUGAGUUAGAUUUAGACUUCUGCAUUGCUGAAGUGGCUGAAAAGAGGUUUUCAAUGAGUUUCAGGGUAAAAAAAACGGUCACUAAACAUUUCAAUUCUUUGUAUACAUUACAAAAUUAUUUAUGCACUUGAUCCUCAUGUGACUUAAUAAGGACAUUAGGGCAGCAGCCUCUGUCUGGCACUAAACCAGAUUUUAUUCAAAGCUGUGAGGAACAGAAGAUAACAUUUUGGCUCUGUUGAAACAUUCUAAUUUCUUACUAAGUAAGGAUGCUUUUCUGUUUGUAUUACUAAAGCUAAUAUAUACCCUUGAGAUCGGGUCAUUAGGCAUUUACUGAAGAGUGAUGUGAGGCCUUGUCCAAACAUGUGACCCCCCCCCCCCAAAUCUAGAUGUUUUCUCAAAGAAGAUCCAAUAACCAUACCAAUUAAGAUAAAAUAUCUUCAUUAUAGUUUGAAAGGCAUUUCAAAGCUUUACUCAUCUACCCCCCCACCCCCGACUCACCCACCUGUUGUCUCCAUAAAGCCUUACAUUGGCUCAGAUUUCCUUGCCCACAAUCCAGUGAUAGAUGGGCUGAGUUGAUGAGUCAACAGUAGGAAAAAAGAAAGCCAUUUUCCCUGUCAACUCUCCCACUUAAACUCAAAAGGUCAUUGGGUCAUCAGUCACUACCUCCAACCAACCAUGAUAGCUUUCCCUCUCAGCUCAUAAUGUCCAACUCUCAUCUUUUUCUGAAAUUGUGCCAUAAAACAUUUGAGUAAGUAUUUUAUAGCUACGCCAACAAAGAAGGAAAAUAUUUUGUUGUGCUAUAUCUCCAACUUUUAUGUCUUAGGUAUUUCUGAGUCCAUGAUUCAUCUAAAUAAAGUUAUCACCUACUGGAACAGCUGUUGUGCCUGUGACUCUGAAAGACAAAAACUCUAGCAGCAGCAAUAUGGGCACAACAUUUAUUAUGUUGGAUUUUUGGGGCUCAACUUCCAGGUUCCCUAAAAUGUAUGCCACACUGCAACCUUCUAAGCACUAGGAAUCACAGCACUGUUUAAUCUAUGGUUCCCCUCUAACAGUUCCCUUCUCCACCCCACCCCACCCCCCAAAAAACCCAUGGAGCAAUGAAAUUAUUCCCAAUUAAAAUUUACACCAUAAAAGUUAUAACAUGAUUUUUUAAUUGGUCUAGCACAUCUAUACCAAAUCCUAGACAAUUGUUUGCUGACAUGACAAUCUACAGUAAUUACAGAUCUAGAAUGAUUAAUUGUCUCAUUGUCUCUGUGAAUAUUUGUACCAUUGUACCUUUCCACAUAGAAUGAUCCAUCUUUUGAUAUUUCUGUCAGCUUCAUAGUUACACUUGUAAGGCCAAACUAGAAGCGACAGUGGCUGAUACAUGUCUUAUUACAUUUCUAUUACUUUACUGCUAAAGUAAAUGCUGAAGAAACACUCUAAAUAUUCCUGUCUCCAACCCCGUAUUUCUCACCAGUCUAUUGCUCCAGACUGUUUUCUUUCACCUCAUAGUUGGAACUGAAAAGGCUUAAAAGUUGAUAGAAAUAACUUGCAGCAAAGUAAAGUGUGGAUAAAACUAUUUGUUUACUUGAUUAUUAAAAUUAACAGGUACCACAUUCUGAAAGCAAAUGACCAACAGACACUCCACUUCAUCUAGCUUAGCCUUAAUUUGUCUUUUUCAAGCAUCUCUCACUUUUGUUAAAAGCUCAAAGUGACAUGUAUCAAGUGAGCAUGUGUCUCUCAUGCUUGCAUAGCAUAUCCCAGCAAAACAAUUUAGUGUCAUGAUGAAACACUUAUGAGUCAGAAAUUAUAUCUUACAGCAAAUGAAUGCCUGUUGUCCUUUCAGAGUCUGGGGCAAAGCAGUUUUGUAAUAUCUGAAUAAAUCUUGUGAGUUUAUUUCUCUGAUUUCCUAGAAUUUGGGUGAAGAUUUCCAGAUGAAAACAUGUUCUUGUUUUUUCUUGGGGCAGUGUUUGCAUCUCUGUAGAUGACAUCAAACUGAAAUGUUCUAACAUGGAAGAUAUAUUUUAUAGAGUUGCGAUGUUCAGCUCUUUGAACGGUAAAAGAAUCAGAAAAUAUUCUCAAAGGUUAUACUUCACUCACCAACAUUUAUGCCUGAAAGGUCAUCUUUAUCUAAAACAAUAUCAUCAGACAACUUAAAGAUAAAUACUGAUUUGUAUUGUUGUUGUUUUUCUGUAAUGGUUAAAUCAGGAGCUUGUUCCACCACUGGAGAUUACAAUGUCUGUUUUUUUUUCUGAAUGUAAACCUACAACAACUUUCUUGCUGAAAAGCUAAAGGAUGCAGCUUUUGAACAUUAUUCUGAAAUUAUUACUUUUUACCAUAGAAGGAUAUACAAUAUACUCACAAGUUGGUUACUAAAUAAAAUUUCAAGUCAGCUUGUCAACUGGUGAACAAAUUACACAAUCUUCAGAACAACUGAUACAAUAAAUGCUAACAGAUGCAGUAUCAUUUUAUGUUUUGUGAAUUUUGCAGCUCCUUUUCAAGAACAUAUCAUAUGCAGUUUAUUUAUUUUAGAUAGUUAUUGCUUUAUUUUUCUUUUCUUUCCUGCAUUAUAGGGUAAACUAUCUAAAGCCUGCCAAGAGAGAGACCCAUACCUUUUUUUAAUUGAUGGGGCAGGGGAAAUUUCUUUCCUUUGUAUGUGCUAUUUUAUGUUACUUCUUUGCAUUGUAAUUUCCUCACUUUGAUGCUAUUUCUGUAAGAGUCAAAAUACUUUUUAAAUUUAAUUUAAGGCUGAAGAAGCACAUAUUUUAAUAAAGUUUACGGGUACAAAGAAAUGUUGCUGUAUUUGUGACAUAGGAAAAAAUGGGUAGGAAAAAACCUGGUGCACAUCAGAGCUGU